ACAACUCCAAAACUGUGGCGCGUAAAUUUCGUGGAAAAAUUGCGAAUAUUUUUUUUUAUUUUUGGAGUGAAAACUUUUUGUAACACGUGCCGCUCUGGCGGGCUUUACUCAUUUCAUUGCAGUCUUAUGAAUUAUUUCUGUAUGGUUUAGCUCAUGUACCUGGGCUGGCUACGUCUGAGAUCCUUACUUAUGGAUUGUUGCUACUUGGAUUAAUAACAUUAAUUAACCUUUCCUCUCGACGUUUACAUUUUGUGUGUAGAGCUCAUUGAUGAAUCACCUGAAUUUACCACAAACAUCAAGAGUUUGAGACCUGCUGUAUCCAGGGAUCCGGUUUAAAAAAAAAAAAAAAGGUGGUUUCCGUCGGUGGCGUCCUUUUCAUUAUUUUAAAACACCAACUAACCCCCCCGGUCAUGGCGUCCAACUUUAGCGAGUUCAUGAACACCACACCACUGGCCCAAAACAGCACGACGCCCGUCAUGAUGUCCAUGCCACCGCUGCCAGAGUACCUGAUCAGGACGAGGUUCAUCUGUGAGCACAUCCUCAUGCCGCUCAUCUGCAGUCUCGGGAUCUGCGGGAACGCGCUGAGCCUGUGCGUCUUGACCAGGAGAGAGAUGGCGGCAGCCACGACAUGUUUCCUGACGGCCAUGGCCGUAUCGGACCUACUGUUGCUGAUGCUGCAGGUCCCAGCAUUUUUCUCGCUCAACGCUAACAUCGCUUCCAAGGACUCGUUCCAGUCGUUCAUAAGGUUCUACACUGUCAUUAGGUAAGUCGAGGAAAUACGGAAAUUAAAUCUAAAUAGAAAUAAAAUAGUUUGCUCAACGUAUUCGUUGUUUUUUUUUGUUUUUUAAGGAACAUAAAUUAAUCUUCGCCUCCCCCCCCCCCUUUUUCAGAAGAGCUUUUUAUUAAAUGUUGGACACAAGUCAAAUGAUUGUGUGAAGAAAUCAUGAUUGAACACAAAUUAACUGCGCCACUGUCACACUUUCAUCAAAGGUUUAUCUGAGACGGCAGUGUGUUAUUAUAUUUAUUGCUGUGUGUAAAUAAAUGUAUUGCUAAGUAUUAGGCGACUAUACAAAAAUACAUUUAUAAAAACGGAUGACUGAGGCUUCUACAUAGUCUGUUAAGAUUUGAUGAAACUUUUUAUUAGCAACAGAGUUAUCGAAUGCACGCCUAGAUUAUCGAUUUCAGAUUCUCAAAAGUUAACUAUUGAAAUCAACAUUGACGGUAAUAUAUGGGGAGAAAUAUCUAUUCAAAACAUCAUCAGCCAUAAAUGACCGCGUCUUCAAUGAUGGCUACCAGCAUAUAUAUAUUUGGUGCAGGCAUGUUUUUUUUCUCUUUCUUUUAAUGACUGUCUCGACCGACAGGUAAGAAUGCCAACAGUUAAACGACGGGACAAUAAAAUGCCAUACUUUUUCUCUUCCAGGUACGUCAUGAACAACGUGUUUAUCACCUGCACCGGAUGGUUAACGGUGGCCGUGACAACAGAGAGAUUUAUCUCCCUCCGGUUCAUGUUCCACCCCAGGCUUGUGUGCACCAUCCCCCGGGCCCGCCUGGCCAUCAUCGGCAUCUUCCUGCUCUCGUUCACUUUCCACUUCUCCAAAUUCUUCGAGUAUGUACCCAACCCUGACCUGAAGAGCCCCAGGGUCCUCCUGACCACCUACCUCGUCCACACGCCGUCCUACGAGACGUACGUCCACGUGGCCAACAUCGCCCUGGCGGCCAUUAUCCCCGUGUUUUUGCUGGUCGUGGCCAACUCCUUCCUCAUCUACUUCUUGGCCACGCACAGGCGCCGCAUGCUCCGCCACAAGGCCACCGCGUCGGCCAACUUGACCUCCGUGGACAUGCUUCACGUCAGCGCCAUCGUCGUCGCCACCGUCCUCGUCUUCAUCCUCUGCCACUCCGUGGGGGUGUUUCUGGCACUGACCAUCGCCUCCACGGGCCGCAACGAGGUGUUCUUGCGACCGGCGUACAUGGCGCUCAACAACAUCAACACGGUCCUCGUCAUGGUAAACUCCAGCGUCAACUUCCUGCUGUACUGCGCCAUCAGCAGAAAGUUCCGCAAGACCUUCCUAAACAUUUUCCACAGGCGCCUGAGCCGCAGGGACACCUGGACGACAGCCAUGCCACUGAGCGAGAACAGCACGGGUACUGCCGGGACCAACCUCCGCAUCACCAACGGAAAGGUCUACACCUCAUCGUCCAAGUCGGUGACUUCUAAUGGCUCCUGCCACUCCCACAGCGGGUUCAGCGCUACCAGAGCGGACGUUUAAGGAGAAGCGGGGCCACGUGACUAAGAACAUGUACUGUCUUCGCCCUCUUCAUGCGGUCCAAUAGAUGCUGCUAGAAACCAGUUAAAAACUGAACGUCAAAACAAUUUUUUUUUUUAAACGGUGUACGGCAGACGACCACUGGGAUGAAUUUGGCAAAUGCAAAAGGCCAAACUUCCAAAAGUCAAGGGAUGCGGUUUCAAUUACCACCCGUCGUUUUCAAACAAACACUUAAGACCGCAGCUGACCCUGUCUCAUGCAACAACAAAAAAGAAAAAAACAAUAUCAAAAAGAAUUUGGUUGCAAGGAUAACAAGGGCCUUACGGCACGUUCCAGGAGAACAUUUCAAUGAACAGAGCCCAAGGUGGAAGUGUUCUGCUUUCAUAUGGUCACUUAAGAAAACAACAAAAAAGGACAAAUCAUUUGAAUCUAUUUCGGUGGGGAAAAGCUGAAUUAGUACAAACAAUGAUGACUUAGAUUUGCCUUUGAAAUGUUUUUUUUUUUAAAAGCACGAUAUUUUAUCGCAACGAAACAAUUGUUCAAAGUAUGGACAAUCUUACAGUAUUUAAAUAGUCCAGCGAUCUAACAAUGUAAAAAUACCAUUCGAGCCCAUGCCUUAAGUUGGUCACUAUGCAAUGAUUUUGUUAGACUAUUAUUAAUUUUUAUUGUGAUAAUGAUGUCUCUUUCUAGACUAAUUCGUGUCUAGUGACAGAAAACUUCUAUGUUAUGCCAGCAUGUCAUUUGCAAUGUUAAUCUUACUUGUACAAUGCGUGUUAUCUGUGAAAAUGAUUAAUGUCUUACAGAAAGCUCAUAAACAUUUGAAACCCAAAGGGACAGACUUGACGGUGACCUACGAAUGGGCGGGGGGGGGGGGCAUCCACCCCAUGCUGCAAUUUUUUCUAUAUAUAUAGAGGUUGGCAUUUUAUACCAACUGCCAAGUCUUUACUUUUUUUCAUGGAAGGGGGACUGCAAAGAUCUUGGCCCACCCCAGGCAGCCCUAACCCUAUUUACGCCACUGUGUAUAUGUCAUAAUAUAAAACUUAUCCGAUGUUCAUAUGUAUUCUCUCUGACAUGCUAUAAUAUAUUAAUGACAUGUGCAUUAAAGAUAUUUCCUGUUGUUAACAACAGUCUUGCUGUCUAUCUUUGCCUAGGUACAGAUGAUCAUUUUGUGAAGGAAGAAUGAGAGGCAAGGCUGAGAUAUGAUUAGACAGAAAGAAUUGUUCUCAUUUUAAUUACACCUCAAUUCCAAAAUUUUGUGAGCCUGGAGGAUUCUUGUGUUGAAAAUUAAGUAUGUAUUGUUCACAUUAUGUAUGAACGUUUGUAUGGUACUAGCUGUACAUAAUGAUGAUUGUCAAUGUGUUUAUGUGAUAUAAAAAUCAUACUGCCCAAUCGAAUAUAAAAGGGUAAUAUGUGAUAUUAGAGUUAAUUCAAAGGUUAAGAAAGAACAAUAUAGAUAUGGCAUUGAAGUCUAUAAAAAAAAUUUAAAAAAAGGGUAGCCUACGCUGGGCAGGACAUUUAGAAAGAAUGCCAAAUGACUGGGUGAAGAGGGAACAUCACCAAAACCCCAGAUUCGAUGGAUGAUGUGGAAAAAGAUCUACAUCAGCUGGGAAUCCAAGCGUGGAAAAGAAAAACAUUCGUUAGGUCUGAGUGGAAGGGGGUGGUGGGGCAGGCCAAAGCCCUAAAUGGGCUGUAGCGCCACAGUGAUGGAUGGAUGGAAUGAAGUCUGUAAAUCUAUGGGGUCAUAGUCUAGUUUCAGUCACAAGGUCAUAUCGUCAGUAAAGGCAAGUAUUUACAAUCCUAUUUAACAAUAAAUAGCGUUGUUGUUGGUGGGUUUUUUUUUGUGUUUUUUCACCACUAUUCCAAAACUGUGUAGUCCUGAAAAAGUAAUCAACAAGAUUUUCAAUUCAUUUCCGUUUCUCCCCGAUUUUAAUUUCAAAAGCAGACAAAUCCAUGAGAGCAAAACCUCCCCUCACAUCCCCUCCCCUUCCCAUAUGAUAAAAGGAAUGUUAUUUUGUGAAUGAGAAAUAAAGUUGUAC